CCCUGGGAUUCCCCGCCCCUGGCUGGGCUGGCAAGUGGCGGAUCCGGUUUGUCCUGGGCGUGUCUGGAAGGCGGGGUUCCUGGAAGGAAUGUAGGGAGCCGGUGGAUUGCUAGCUUGGGUAGCGGCGGCAGGAUGGUGGGCACCGAGAAGGAGCAGAGCUGGAUCCCCAAGAUCUUCAGGAAGAAGAUGUGCACCACGUUCAUCGUGGACCCCGCAGAGCCGGGGGGGACCAUGUGUCAGUGUGGACGCGCCCGGAGUGUGCACCCGCCCGUGGCCGUGGAGGACGCGUUUGGGGCGGCCGUAGUGACCGUGUGGGAUGGCGACACGCACACCACGGAGAAGCCCACGGAUGCCUUCGGGGACGUGGACUUCCUGGGCGCCAGCCGCAGGGCCAGCAAUUUCCUCCGACUCUCUGACCGCACGGAUCCGGGGGCAGCUUACAGUCUGGUCACGCGCACGUGGCGCUUCCGGGCCCCAAACCUGGUGGUGUCGGUGCUGGGGGGCUCGGCGGACCCCACCCUCCAGGCCUGGGUGCAGGACCUGCUGCGUCGCGGGCUGGUGCGGGCUGCACAGAGCACAGGGGCCUGGAUUGUCACCGGGGGGCUGCACACCGGCAUCGGCCGGCACGUGGGCGUGGCCGUGCGCGACCACCAGAUGGCCAGCACGGGGGGCACCAAGGUGGUAGCCAUGGGCGUGGCCCCCUGGGGAGUGGUCCGGAACAGGGAGGCCCUCACCAACCCCAAGGGCUCGUUCCCCGCGAGGUACCCGUGGCGGGGCGACACCGAGGACGGGGUCCAGUUCCCCCUGGACUACAACUACUCGGCCUUCCUCCUGGUGGACGACGGCACCCAUGGGCGCCGGGGCGGCGAGGACCGCUUCCGCCUGAGCUUCGAGGCCCACAUCGCGCGGCAGAAGACCGGCGUGGGCGGGACUGGAAUUGACAUCCCUGUCCUGCUCCUCCUGAUUGAUGGGGACGAGAAGAUGCUGAAGCGGAUCGAGGAUGCCACCCAGGCCCAGCUCCCCUGCCUCUUGGUGGCUGGGUCUGGGGGUGCUGCAGACUGCCUGGCAGAGACCCUGGAAGACACGCUGGCCCCAGGGAGUGGGGGGGCCAGGCGGGGUGAAGCCCAAGAUCGGAUUAGGCGUUUCUUCCCCAAGGGGGACCCCGAGGUCCUGCAGGCCCAGGUGGAGAGGAUCGUGAGUCGGAAGGAGCUGCUGACGGUCUACUCCUCUGAGGAUGGGCCCGAGGAAUUCGAGACCAUUGUUUUGAAGGCACUUGUGAAAGCCUGUGGGAGCUCCGAGGCCUCGGCCUACCAGGACGAGCUGCGACUGGCCGUAGCUUGGAACCGCGUGGACAUCGCCCAGAGCGAGCUCUUCCGGGGGGACAUCCAGUGGCGGUCCUUCCACCUGGAGGCCUCGCUCCUGGACGCCCUCCUGAAUGACCGGCCAGAGUUUGUGCGCCUGCUCAUCUCCCACGGCCUCACCCUGGGCCACUUCCUGACGCCGGCCCGCCUGGCCCAGCUCUACAGCGUGGUGCCCGCCAGCUCGGUGGUCGGCAGCCUUCUGAGCCAGGCUGGCCGCGGCGCGGGCACCAAGGCACCGGCCUCUAAAGCCUCCACCGAGCCCCGGCUCCCGGACAUAGGGCAGGUGCUGCGGCUGCUGCUGGGGGAGACCUACGCCCCGAGGUACCUCUCUGAGGGUGCCCAGGACCCCCACUCUGGCCAGGGCUGCCAGGAGAGCGUGCAUCUGCUCUCGGACAGGGCCACCUCGGAACUCACACUGGACGCUGUCCUCGGGCAGGCGCCCUGGAGUGAUCUGCUGCUCUGGGCCCUGCUGCUGAACAGGGCGCAGAUGGCCGUGUACUUCUGGGAGAUGGGCUCCAAUGCUGUGGCCUCGGCUCUUGGGGCCUGUUUGCUGCUCCGCGUGCUGGCGCGCCUGGAGUCCGAGGCUGAGGAGACCGAGCGGAGGAAGGACCUGGCGGCCAAGUUUGAGGCGCUGGGUGUUGACCUCUUUGGCAUGUGCUACCGUAGCAAUGAGAAGCGGGCUGCCCGCCUGCUCCUCCGCCGCUGCCCACUCUGGGGGGGUGCCACCUGCCUCCAGCUGGCCAUGCAGGCAGAUGCCCGUGCCUUCUUUGCCCAGGAUGGGGUACAGUCCCUGCUGACUCAGAAGUGGUGGGGGGAGAUGGACAGCACCACGCCCACCUGGGCCCUGGUCCUCGCCUUCUUCUGCCCCCCACUCAUCUGCACCAACCUCAUCACCUUCAGGAAGUCGGAAGAGGAGUCCACACAGAACUCGGAGUUUGACAUGGAUAAAGGCAUUAAUGGGGAUGGGCCUGUCAGGCCAGCAGACCCCCCAGAGAAGACGCUGUUGGGGGUUUCGAGGCGGCCCAGACGCAGCAGCUGCUGUGGGGGAGCCCUCCGGCGCCCCUGCCUGGGCCACUGGUCCCACUUCUGGGGGGCACCGGUGACGGCCUUCAUGGGCAACGUGGUCAGCUACCUGCUGUUCCUGCUGCUCUUCGCCCGGGUGCUGCUCGUCGACUUCCAGCCCACACCGCCCAGCGCGCUCGAGCUGCUGCUCUACUUCUGGGCCUUCACCCUGCUCUGCGAGGAGUUCCGGCAGGGCCUGGGCGGCGGCUGGCGCAGCCUGACUACCGGGGGCCCCGGGCCAGGCCCCGGCCGGGCCCCGCUGCGCUACCGGCUGCACCUCUACCUCUCGGACACCUGGAACCAAUGUGACCUGGUGGCCCUCACCUGCUUCCUCCUGGGCGUGGGCUGCCGGUUGACCCCAGGCCUCUAUGACCUCGGCCGCACUGUCCUCUGCUCGACCUUCAUGGUCUUCACUCUGCGGCUUAUCCACAUCUUCGCCAUCCACAAGCAGCUGGGCCCCAAGAUCGUCAUCGUGAACAAGAUGAUGAAAGACGUCUUCUUCUUCCCUCUUCUUUUGGGCGUGUGGCUGGUCUCCUACGGAGUGGCCACGGAAGGGCUUUUAAGGCCCCAGGACACUGACCUGCCAAAAAUCCUGCGCCGGGUCUUCUACCGGCCAUACCUGCAGAUCUUCGGGCAGAUUCCCCAGGACGAAAUUGAUGUGGGCUUCAUGGAGCAUAUCAACUGCUCGUCGGAGCAGGGCUUCUGGGCGGGCCCGCUGAAGAACCUGGCAGGCUCCUGCAUCUCCCUCUACGCCAACUGGCUGGUGGUGGUGCUCCUCAUCGUCUUCCUGCUGGUGGCCAACAUCCUGCUGCUCAACCUGCUCAUCGCCAUGUUCAGCCACACGUUCGGUAAAGUACAGGGCAACAGCGAUCUGUACUGGAAGGCGCAGCGCUACAGCCUCAUCCGGGAAUUCCACUCUCGGCCCGCCCUGGCCCCGCCCCUCAUCAUCAUCUCGCACGUGCGCCUCCUCCUCAGGCGACUGCGCAGACGCAGGUCCAGCCUGCUGGCCUCCCCGGAAGCCGAGCAUUUCCGGGUCUACCUCACUAAGCAAGCGGAGCGGAGGCUGCUGACGUGGGAGUCGGUGCAGAAAGAGAAUUUCCUGCUGGCACGCGCUCGGGACAAGCGGGAGAGCGACUCGGAGCGUCUGAAGCGCACGUCGCAGAAGGUGGACACGGCCUUGAAGCAGCUGCGACAGGUCCACGAGUACGAUCAGCGUCUGAAACGGCUGGAGCGGGAGGUCCAGCACUGCAACCGCGUCCUGGGCUGGGUGGCCGAGGCCCUGAGCCGCUCUACGUUGCUGCCCCCUGGGGGGCCACCACCCCCACUCUCGCCUGGGCCCAAAGACUGAGCACUGCCAGUGGACUCCAAAGAGUCGCCCCACUGGCGUUAAUUGUUUCCAGUGUGACGGCCCAGCUGGGCCUCGCCUCGCUUGGCCUUGGCCUUGAAGUGGCCCCCACACCCAGGGACCGCCACUGGGGUCGCUCUCAGGGCCUUGGCUGGGACCAUCAUUCCCACAACCCAUGACAGUCCCAGCUCCUCCAAGAACCAGCCCCGCUCUGGGAGGACCAGCCUCCAGGGGCCCUGGCCCAGCCAGCUGGGCUGGGGGAGGCUGGAGGGAUUUUGGGGUACAGGGACCACAGUCACUACUCACACUCCCCACACUGGGGAAAUAAAGCCAUUUGAGAUGA